UUGAUGGACCGAUUCUGAAUGUGUCUGUGUAGGGGAAUUCUGGGAUCAGUAUUGUAUUGUAACGCUCUUAAAACGAUCUCUGAUUGAUGGAGAAUUAAGUGAAUCUGUCUCUAGGCAUUGUUCGUGUUUGGUGUGUUUGUGUUCGACUGUUGACUGUGUGAAGGGGAAGGUGCUCGUCCAGAAUGACUCUGGCAGUGUUUUUUGGCUGUGCGUUCAUAGCGUUUGGUCCAGCUUUCUCCCUGUUUGUGUUCACUAUCGUCAAAGAUCCGCUGAGAAUCAUCAUUCUGAUCGCAGGGGCGUUCUUCUGGCUGCUGUCUCUGCUGCUGUCCUCUCUGGUGUGGUUCAUCGCUGUGAAGGCCAGUAACGGGGCGCAGGACCCCACCCUGCACAGGGCACUGCUGAUUUUUGGGGUUUUCUUCUCGGUCUUGCUCCAGGAAGUGUUUCGCUUUGCCUACUACAGACUGCUUAGGAAGGCCAACGAGGGUCUGGCAGCCAUUAGUGAUGAGGACGGUUUGGACAUCUCGGUCCGGCAGAUGGCUUACGUGGCUGGACUGGGCUUUGGCAUCAUGAGUGGUGCGUUCUCCAUGAUCAACAUCCUGUCCGACUCUCUGGGUCCCGGGACGGUCGGCAUCUUCGGAGACUCUCAGUAUUACUUCAUUACAGCAGCGCUGAUGACCCUGGCGCUGACGCUGCUGCACACUUUUUGGGGUGUUGUGUUCUUCGAGGGCUGUGAGAAGAGCCGCUGGUGGGUCAUCGCUGCUGUCGUCGCUCUACACCUGCUCGUCGCUGGCCUGUCUCUGUUGAACCCGCUGUAUGAAGGCAGUCUUCCUCCAGUGUACGGCAUCACGCUCCUGAUGGCCAUCUGGGCCUUCUUCUCAUCUGGAGGAUCUCUACACAACCUUAACGCACUCUGCACACGCAGGAAAGCUGAAGGCGAAUCUACACAGUGAGAUCCAGGCUCGGCUGAACGACAGGAGUGUGUGUGAAGAGCACAUCGGCGGAUCCGAACCCUGAGGAGACCCAGACACACAUCGGACACACUCAGACGGGACACUCUCACGCAAACACUGUAUAUAGCUUGAUCUCCAUGCAAAUCAAUCAGACUGAUCUUUAAUAUUAUUUUGUUUUAAAAGCAACAUUCUCUGGCUCUUCUUGUGAAUGUUUGUGGUUUUGAGUUUUCUUAAUUGAUGUCCUUUACAUUUUGAAUGAAGCCUUAUUGUAGAGCCACUGUUAGACCGAGGAAGUGUUCGAAACAGCUCCUCUUUCACUCAUGUCAUCAUCAUCAUCAUCAUUAUUAGUAUUAGUCAAGAUCAUUUCCAUUUAUUGGCAUUGAAGGCCUUUCAUAUUUGUACUGUACAUUCUGGAACACGUUCUUCGUGACAGAUGAAUGCACAACGAGAACAUUUAACUUUUACGCCGUUCUCAAACUGAACAAAUGUCU